AUGAGUGAUCUAUGUCCAGUUUACGCUCCAUUCUUUGGUGCCAUGGGUUGUGCCGCAGCCAUCAUUUUCACAUCCUUUGGUGCUGCUUACGGUACUGCUAAAUCUGGUGUUGGUAUCUGUGCCACAUGUGUUUUAAGACCAGAUCUUUUAUUUAAGAACAUUGUUCCAGUUAUUAUGGCUGGUAUUAUUGCCAUUUAUGGUUUAGUUGUCUCUGUCCUGGUUUGUUACUCCCUUGGUCAAAAACAAGCUCUAUACACCGGUUUCAUCCAAUUAGGUGCAGGUUUGUCCGUUGGUUUAAGUGGUUUGGCUGCAGGUUUCGCCAUUGGUAUUGUUGGUGAUGCAGGUGUUAGAGGUACCUCCCAACAACCAAGAUUAUUCGUCGGUAUGAUUUUGAUUCUAAUUUUCGCAGAAGUUUUGGGUCUAUAUGGUUUGAUUGUUGCUCUACUAUUGAACUCUAGAGCUACUCAAGAUGUUGUCUGUUAA